GAAAGAGUGAGAGAAAGAGACGCGUCACCAGGCGUCCAGACAGUGUUGCUUCUUGUUCAUUCCUCAUCUCGUGAUCGGUACGGUGUAUCGCGGGGAUCGAGUGUACUCUGGAUAAUUGAUUUUCGAUCGGUUUCCUUGUGUUUGAUUCUCGUCGUGGAUCUAUCGAGGCGUCUGUCAGGCCGUGGCACGAGAUACUCUCUCUAGGGAGAUACACCGAGUUAGAUGGAACAUAAUGCUGAUAGUCUAAAUUCGGUGUAAUAAAUUUAAACGAUAGAGGGGCGGCGAGAAAAUGGCGCGAAUAUCUUCUCAGGCAAUUUUUGCAAUAUUAUUGUUUGCAACAAUUCUUGUGUCAAGUUCUGCAAAUCUGCAAUAUGGCAGGGAUAGAAUUCCAACCAGAGUCGCACAGAUCAAGAGAAAACAUCCCUGUGAGCAGAGCUCGUGUUAUCCUUCCACGGGAAAUCUACUGAUCGGUCGAAAAAAUCGAUUGAGCGCAACAUCUACAUGUGGUCUCAAAGGACCAGAAAGGUACUGCAUCGUUUCCCAUUUGAAAGACCGGAAGAAGUGCUUCUUCUGCGAUGCAUCGUUGCCGAAGCAACAACAUAAUAUCGAAAAUGUUGUUUCUGACAAAAAUUGGUGGCAAGCGGAGAACGGCGUGGAGAACGUUUCAAUACGUUUCGAUUUAGAAGCUGAAUUUCACUUCACUCAUUGUAUCAUUCGUUUCAAGACGUUCAGACCGGCGAUGAUGUUGAUCGAGAGAUCGUACGAUUUUGGUAAAACUUGGCAGGUGUAUCGAUACUUCGCUCACAAUUGUGAGCAGUACUUCCCUGGGGUGUCUACAGAACAACCUCAGAAACUGACAGACGUUAUCUGCGAAACUAGAUAUUCCGGCGUGGCGCCAUCUACGGAAGGUGAUGUUAUCUUUAGAGUAUUGCCUCAAAACUUGGAAAUAGACAACCCCUAUUCGAAGGAAGUACAGAAUCUUUUAAAAGUCACCAAUCUCCGUAUAAACAUGACCAGGUUACAUACACUAGGAGAUGAUCUUCUUGACGAUCGUGCAGAAAUUCGAGAGAAAUAUUACUAUGCUAUCCAGAAUAUAGUGAUUCGUGGAUCUUGUUCCUGUUAUGGUCACGCAUCCAAGUGUCUUCCCCUUCCUGGAGUUGCAGACGAGCCAAACAUGGUGCAUGGAAGAUGCGAGUGCACUCACAACACCACGGGAUUAAAUUGUGAAAGCUGUAAAGAUUUCUAUCACGAUCUUCCGUGGAAACCAGCUGUUGGAAAGCAGACGAACGCUUGUAGACCUUGCAACUGUAACAAUCAUACAACUUCUUGUCACUUCGAUGAAGGCGUCUAUGAAAGAUCAGGAAGAGUAUCUGGUGGUGUUUGUGACGACUGUCAGCACAACACCAGAGGACAAAAUUGUGAACAGUGCAAGCCAUUUUAUUAUCACGAUGUCACGAAAGACAUAUCUCAUCCUGAGGCAUGUUUGCCUUGUGACUGCGAUCUCGGUGGUUCCUUAGAUGAUGGUAUAUGCGACUCGAGAACUGAUCCUCUUAGUGGUGAUGAAUCAGGUCGUUGUCACUGUAAAGCAAAUGUGGAAGGUCGUCGUUGCGAUCGUUGCAAAAAUGGUUACUGGAAUUUCGAUAUUGAAAGUCCAGAAGGAUGUCAAGCUUGUACUUGUAAUACCUUGGGCACUAUUGAUAAUCGUGGAUGCAAUAUGGUUACUGGUGAGUGUACUUGCAAGCGUUUCGUUACCGCUCGCGAUUGUAACCAAUGUCUUCCGGAAUAUUGGGGCCUUUCGGAGGAACCGGACGGUUGUAAGCCUUGCGAUUGCGAUCCUGGUGGUUCCUACGAAAAUACUUGUGACGUUAUCACUGGCCAGUGCCGAUGCAGACCUCAUGUCAGUGGCAGAACUUGCAAUCAACCUGAACAGAGCUAUUACACUGGAUCGUUAGACUUUCUAAUCUACGAGGGUGAAUUAUCGAGAGCUAGUGAUAACUGUCAAGUAGUGAUCAGAGAGCCUUAUCGUGAUGGAAGAAACAGCACAUGGAGCGGAACUGGAUUUAUGAAAGCACUGGAGGGUUCAGUGUUGAAUUUUACGAUCGAUGAUAUUCGUAAAAGUUUAUGGUAUGAUAUUAUCAUACGAUACGAACCAAUUCAGGUAGGAUCCUGGGAAAACGUUCAAAUAAUCAUUGAACGAGAUGGUCCAGUGGAUCCAAAUGGUCCUUGUGCUGAAUGGAGACCAGAGUACGAUCAGCUAUGGGCACAACUUCCUUUAAGAUCAAGAAGCGUUGUUGUGCAACCAUCCAUUUGUUUGGAAGCAGGAAAACGAUAUAAUGUUCUAUUGCAAUUCCGUAAAUUCAACAACCACGUGGACACGCCUUCUGCGUCGAUUUUAGUUGAUUCCAUUGUUCUGAGGCCAAAGAUAGACGCUAUUCCUUUCUUCAAAGGUUAUGGAGUUGGUGAACUUCGUCGACAAGAAUAUGAAAGAUAUCAUUGCAAUGAAUUGUUUAAUGAUAUUAAUAGUGCAUGGACUAAUAUACCAGAAGUUUGUAAACAAUAUCAAAACAGUAUUGGUUACUAUGUUUACGAUGGUGCUCAUUCUUGCGAGUGCAACCCGACUGGAUCCCACAGUUUGCUUUGUGAGAGUUACGGAGGUAUUUGCCCCUGCAAACCGAACGUCGUUGGUAGACGAUGUGAUCGUUGCGCUCCUGGUACUUAUGGUUUUGGUCCAGAGGGCUGUGUACCCUGUGAUUGUGACGGUGUUGGGGCACUAGACAAUUUCUGCGAUGUUGAGACAAGUCGAUGCAAGUGUCGACCGAAUACGUACGGCAGAACUUGCGGUCAAUGUGAACCUGGCUUUUGGAAUUUUCCCCAUUGUCAACGAUGUGAAUGUAAUGGGCACGCUGAAAGUUGUGAUUCCAAGACUGGAGCUUGUAUCAAUUGUCGCGAUUACACAACUGGGCACAAUUGCGAUCGGUGCAUCGAGACAUACUAUGGUGAUCCCAGAAUCGGUGCAGAUAUUCCAUGCAGAGCUUGUCCUUGUCCGGGCACUCUAGACUCCGGGCAUUCAUACGCUGAGAGCUGUUCCUUGGAUUCGGUGACCCACGAUGUGAUUUGUGAAUGUUUCGAUGGAUACACAGGACCUCGUUGUGAAAGUUGUGCAGAAAAUUACUUUGGUAAUCCCGAGGUUGCUGGCGGCAGCUGUGAACCUUGUAACUGUAACAACAACACGGACCUACGUCGAAUCGGAAAUUGCGAUCCUCAAACUGGGCGUUGUUUACAAUGUCUCUAUAACACCGAUGGGGCAAACUGUCAGAUUUGCAAGGCAGGGUAUUAUGGAAAUGCUCUCGCACAGGAUUGCCAGGAUUGUCAGUGUGACGUUUUGGGAACGGAUAGAAAUGCUGAACCUUGUGAUCACCGAACCGGACAGUGUCCUUGUCUGCCUCACGUUAUUGGCUUACUUUGUGACACUUGUGAAGAAAAUCAUUGGAGGAUUGCUAGUGGCCAAGGUUGUGAUCCUUGCGAGUGUGACGCAGUUGGAAGUAUUUCUGACAGAUGUAAUCCAUUCGACGGUACUUGCGAGUGUAAACCAGGAUUCGGAGGGAGACGUUGCAACGAGUGUCAAAGUAAUUAUUGGGGUAAUCCAAAUGUCGAGUGUUACCCGUGUGAUUGUGAUCUGAUGGGUUCUGCUCGCCAGCAGUGCGACAGAGAAACCGGAAUGUGCAUCUGUCACAAAGGAAUUGGUGGUGAAAAAUGUGACCAGUGUGAUCGUGGCUAUUAUGGAAAUGCGCCGCAAUGUAGUCCUUGCGGAGAAUGUUUCGAUAACUGGGACUUAACGCUAACCGGUUUAAGAAAUAAAACGAAUCUCGUAAUCCAAGAGGCAUCAAGAAUCCAAAAAGUUGGAACAACAGGAGUCUAUAGUCAAGAGUUCGAUGACAUGGUUAAAUCUUUGGAUCAAGUGAAAGCAUUAAUCAGUAAUACUUCCAUUAGAAGCCAGGACUUAGAUGAAUUAAACGACUUAGCUAUAGAUUUGAACAGCAACGUGUCUGCAACUACUAAGCAAUUAGAGGAUGUGAAUAAUCUCAUAGAGAAUGUUAGUCAAAGAGUGAAUCUCGGGGACGCAGCCCUUAAGAACUUGAAGAAUAGAUCGAAUAGCUUACACCAAGCUGCUACAGAUCUGAAAGAAAAUGCAACUAGAUUGCAAGAAGAAAAUGUACAAGGUGCUCUUAACGUUACGCAGCAAAUGGCUGAACAGUCUAGGCAAGCAGAGAAAAUGGCCAAUGAUACUAGUUCUGUCCUGGCUGAUGCAGAAAGAUUCCGUAAACAUACAGAAACUUUAUUAGCUAAGAAUCGUCGUUUUGUUGAAGAGGUACAGAUGAGGAAUGCACAAAAUUUAGACGCAAUACACGAAAAAUUGAAGAUUUUCGAUGGAAUUAUGCCAGGUUUGAAUCUGGAAAUGUGCGGAGAUAAUGUGACGGAUUGCAGUAGCCUAUGUGGUGGCGCUGGCUGCGGUUUCUGUGGUGGUUUGUCCUGUAGCGAAGGUGCCCUGACCAAAGCCAAUCAAGCUUUGGACGUAGCUAAGACGCAGUCUGCUAAAAUCAAGAGCCAUAAGGAUGAGGCCGAACAGUUGCUUCGUAAUAUGAUUGAAGUGAAACGCGACGCAAUGGCAGCUAGAUCAAAUGCCCAAGAUGCCUACAACUACGCCUUGAAAGCCCGCAACCUGUCCGAGAACGUGUACAAAAAUCUGUCCGAUAUAAACAAACGAAUCCGCAGCACUCUGGACGAAGAUCAACCUACUCCAGCUAUGGUCAGGGACUUAGCUAAUGAAGUGCUAGCUAAGAAUAUUCAAUUGAAACCCGAUGAAAUAAAAAAAUUAGCCGAUCGUAUAAAGAGUAUUGUCGGGUCCCUGACUGACUCUGAGAAGAUCCUCGCGGAUACCAAGGAUGAUCUCAAUUUAGCCCGGGAAGUAAAAGAAAGAGCUAAUAGAACAAAAGAAAAUGCGAUUGAGAAGAAGGUUCUGGCUAACAAGGUGGUCAUUUUAUUGAACGAUACUCAGAGGGCUCAAGAUCGAGCUCAGGUAGCCAUCGAUCAGGCUGAACGCGACGUCAAUAGAGCUAAACAGGAUCUGGAAGAAAUAGCAGAGGUAACCAAAGGAGCUCAGAUGCAAGCAAAUAGUACCACCCACAUGGUUGAUUCUCUGGAUGCUCGUUUGAAACAGUUACAAACGCAGUCGGUCAGGAAUGAGUUCGUUUUGAAUCAAGAGAUCGGUGUAGAAGCAAGAAAUGUUGGCAGUGAAACGGAGAAAGUCGACAAAAAGACGAAGAAACUUGCCAUGGAGUAUAGGAAAGCAGACGAGUCAUUGGAUUUAAGGGUGAACAAGAGCAAAGGGAACAUAUUGAGGGCCAAGAAACUUUUGCAGAAGGCCUCUGAACUCACUGCUGAUACCUCGACGAAAUUGAAGGACUUGGAUGGCAUGGAAAGCGUCUAUAGGGACAACGAAAGGACGCUGUCCGAUCUGAUGGCCGAAGUUGACUCCUUGGCCGGAGAAAUGGGAAAGCAUUUGAGCGAAAUCGAGCAGAAAGCACAACAGUACAGACAGUGUACUUCUUGAAUGGAUGGAAUGAGUGGCUGGUUGAUCUUUGUGACAUCGUGAUUGCUUGGAUUUUGAGGAAUGUAUG